GGUUGAACAUAUUUCAAGGAGGUCUUUACUUUCAAAGACACCUUAUUAAUUUUAAAACGUCUUGAACAAUGUCAAUGUGCUUCAAUGAUUGUGUAGUGUCAGAAACGGACGUUGUUACUGAUAGGAACGAAUAUUUUAUUUUGUAUUUUGAGUGUAAAAAUUUUCCGAUUGAUUUUCUAAAGUUUAUUUACACUUCGAACAAAGAUGACGAGUACUAUGCGACUGUCUUAUUCUAUACCAGGGCUGGCCAACGACGAUGACGGUGAAGUCAAUAUGUUCAAGCAAUAUAAAAGUCUGUCUCAAGCCUUCUUCACAAAGUACCAAGAACAAACUGGGAUCAGUGCGACAACUGCACAAAAACCGGCUCCUUUUAAAAUGCGAUGGAUCAACGGGUUCAACUACAAGGUUGGGGUCAUCAACCUGAAUGACAAAGGCAGCACCAUAUUGUUCUACUCAGCCUCCAACUGCGGAGUGAUAUACAACUGGUCCACACAUCAGAUGUGGCUUCUCCAGGGACAUAGACAUAUGAUCACAUGCAUAGCUGCGGACGACAAGGGUCGAUGGUUGGUGACAGCCGACUCAGGCAUAGAAAAUGUGCUCAUAGUGUGGGAUGUCAGGGAUCUGUUCCCGCAGAAAACUUUUUUUGCCCCUCACGGUAACGCUAAGAUUGCUAAAGUGGCGCUAAGUGGUGACGCCAAGUAUCUGCUGUCCAUGGCAUACCAUGCAGAGAAGAUGUCGCUAUACUUCUGGAUCUGGUGUUUUGGACAAGACACUCCACAUGCGAUAUAUGAAACAACUACAAUCAUUCGAGAUAGCAUCAUAGAAUUAGGAUUUAAUCCGUCGAAAUCGCAACAGUUUCUCAUGAUGACCAGAAAUAAUAUUCAUAUUGGCGUUGCGAAAAGGGUCGUAGUAGUUGAGCGAGGAAUCGCGAGAGAGAUAGACCGAUGGGAGAUGAAGGUGAAAUGUAUGGACAAAAUAAAUCCAGAAUAUGGGAAGCUGAUGUGCUAUACGUUCGUGAAGGGGACCUCCCAGAUCUUGUUGGGCACCAGUCGGGGCGCCGUGCUGGUCUAUGGGUACACCAUCGAGUACAAGGCCAACGUGGAGCCUUCGGACAUCGAACACCUCAGGUACAUCAAGAUGUUGAAGUUGAACAAGAGGAUGAUUCAUGUCAUCAAGAAUGUUGACAACGUGGUAGUGACGGGCAACAGUUGUGGCGAGAUCCACUUCUACGACCACCAGCUGCGGCUGCUGUACUGGGUGCACGGGUUCACGGUGGACCGCGUGAAGGCGCUCAGCUUCAACGUCUCCCCCAGGAGCUCCAUGAUACUCGAUCCUAAGUGUAACAAGGUGUGUCCCUGUUGGGAGAAAGUGGAGGUUGAGAAAGACCCGGUCACUGGCGAGAUACAGCAGAAACUGAUCAAGAAGCGGCUGCCUUCGGACGCCACCGUCGGUGGCAAGCCCUUCCUCGUCAGGGAUUUUAUAAUCACUACGUAUAACCAAGGAGUGGGCUUCGUAGACUUUGUCACUGAGAAGGUUACAACUAUACUAGACCACAACAGAUCCCUGGUCCUCACCAUUACCGUGCACCCGGAGAAAAACGUGUUGUGCCUCGGUUACAAGAACGGGAACGUGGAGCUAUUCGACUUCAUCCUGCACAAGCUGAUCAAACGGAUCGACCUGCGCAGCACGUACACCGUGGUCGUGCCGCCUAAUGACGACUCCAUCAACUGUAACUUCGCCAUCACGGUGCCCGAACUGUCUGUCACCUGCCUCAAAUACUCUCCUUCAGGGUUGCAACUGGCUUGUGGUUUGAACACGGGCCAGAUUCUGUUCCUGGACCCGUCCACCAUCGACAUCCGCACCCCGACGCCGUUCGCCGACACCAACAGCGACAUCAAGUACAUGUGCUUCAGCCAGGACUCCAUCUCGCUCGCCACUGCCGAUGCAGGUCGAACAGUUUGUGUGUACAAGUACGACUGUAAAACUUCCUCGUGGAUGUUUAUUGGUAAACAUAGGGCACAUUACAAGGAGAUUACCGGCCUCGUCUUCUUGCCCAGUAAGUCGGACGGAGGAGAAUACAAGUUGGUGUCGUUGGGCAUGGACCGAUGUAUGGUGGAGUACGACAUUGCCAACAGCAGCGAGGAGUUCCUUGAGAUUACCAGCCUGGAUCGUGUGGAGCAGACAGCCCUUCCACUCGCAGCCAUUGUGUGGCCCACGCCCGCAGACCUCGACCCGGAGGAAUUCAGAACUGAUUUACCGACGAUACUGAUGGCAAACGAUGAAUAUAAGUACAAGAUAGUGAACUAUGCAACAACGAUGACGUUGGCAACUGUGCUGGGUCCCCGAUACGAUCACCCGGUCAAUAGGAUGCAGCUGAUUAGUAAUACACAGGGGGACGAGACCAACCAGUACUUACUGUUCGGUUGUAGAGAGAUCAUGGGCAUGCAGAAGAUGCCACUCGAUGGCAAUCCGUGGAAACAUGUUGCGAUGCUGGGACAUCCAGUUAAGCUUUUAGAUAUGUGUUUCCGAGAAGAUCUGGAAAUUCUGUUCACUAUCGGUGCGAGAGAUACCGUGUUCACGCAGUGGAUAGCUCAUUUCAAGUCCGUAGAAACUACAACGACGCGCGGGGGCCCCAACUUGGAUCCGUACUACUGCCUCGUGGAGAGCGGCCGCCCCGGCUGGCUGUUCCAGGAGAUACGCGACCUCUUCUACUACAUCCAGAUACUCUGCCAAGGCACCUUUUCACCAGCUAGGAGGCGGGUCAAGGAUUAUAUUCCUAUCGACUCACUGCCCGAUCUCAUGAGGGCGUUAGGAUUCUUUCCAUCGGAAUAUGAGGUGGAAAAUCUAUUAAUUGAGGCAAGAUAUAAGGUGUAUCUUCAUACUCCGGUAACGGAGAUAGAUUUUGAAGAGUUUGUGAAACUGUACCUGAACCAUCGGCCGGUGUUCGGUGAGAACUUCAAGCGCCUGCGCGCAGCAUUCCGCACGUUCGCCAACAUAUCUAAAGAUGGAUUCUUCAUAAAACGAAACGAAUUCAUUGAAAUGCUCACUUCCAACGGAGAAUACUUUUCUCGGGAAUUAUGCUGGUACCUGCUGACUAUCCUAUCUGGGCACAGCAUCGAAGAUAGGGCACUGAUGAAUGAAGACGAUUUUUCAUUCUUACCAGAGCGCAUCACCUUCACAGACUUUGUGACAGAGAUCAUUGGCAUACAAGAACAGGACAAUGUGUCAGACACACACUCCGGAAUGGAGUCAAUGGUCUCCAUACACACAAUCACUUCCAACGACUCCAAUGAUGAUAAAUGAAAAUAAUAAGUUAUAUAUCUUUAUUUUCAUCUUACUAAUUACUAUAUUAUUAUAUUACAUAUUAUUUAUUAUAUAAUACAUGAAAUUUACAAUAAUGUUAA